AUGGCUCAUACUACUAAGGAUCUACCUCGCGCACCCCAUCGUCGCACAAUAUGGCCCAAGCUAAGAAGCACUUCUCGCGCAUGGCACCCUCAAACCCAGUCCCGCCUCGUCCAACUCCCCGGCGAGCUACGCAACAUGAUAUACAACCUCGUCCUCUUCUCAGAGCCCCUCGACAGAAACCCUGUGCUCCGAGCACACAACCGAUCCAGCAAGGCUAUCGAAAUUCGAACAAUGACAAGGCCACCACUCGCAGCCACCUGCCUUCAACUCCAACAUGAGUGCCUCUCCUCCUUCUUCCACCACGGGAUCUUCACCUACACCAUCGACCUAGACUUCGGCUACAGCUUCCACCACAGCAUCAGCCGCGAGACCACAUCCUCCGGCGCAGCUGACCUCACGCUGCGCGACGUUGUUGUGCGGCACUAUGCUCUUGAUUUUAGGAAGUACCCCGAUGGGAUUAUGCUCUUCACGGGCACGCACUUGUUAGGUGCGCAUGUCACGGCCAUACCACCUCGAGACGGGGACGAAGAUGAAGACAUGAUUUCUCUGUCCUGGAUUCACAGGCUCCAUGAUGCACUACUUAUUUGGAGGGUCGCGAGGCAAGCGAGAAAGGGGUGGUGA